CCGCUGCUCCUCCGGCCGCGGGUGUUGCCAAGAUGGACGACGACCAAGACGACCUUUUCCGACGCGUGAAUCCCAACUGGGGCUACGGCCUCGACCUGGAGCGGGCCAUGGGCGCCGUGAGGAGCCACGAGGAGAAGACGGGCACGAGAUACGACGUCCUGCGGCAGGAUCCCCACUUCGGCGCCUCCCUCUGGAAUAGCGAAGACUGCCGAAUACAGUGGGAGGAGAACGAGAAGCACGUCGGGGAGCGUCUCACCUUUGACGGGGUUCCUUUCAUCAUCCUCGGAUCGAAGCAUUUAGGAUGUCAGUAUGGAGUGCCAAUCCCAGGAAAAAACAACAAAUACACAGAAUGGAAACAAGAGCAAGAUGAACCUAGUCAGCCACGAAGAGGCCAGUGUCCAGCAAAGGUUGUUCUUCGUGAAGUCAUAAAGUUCCCAGACUACAGGAUUGACAACAACAACAGCUACGAAAAGAAAAAAUUCUCCAAAAUGCUACGCGAUGACCUUACCUUGGGAGCAGCACGACUACAGAGGAGAAUCUAUGUUGAACUUCCAACUGCCGAGGCUCACGUCCACACAGUUCUAGUCAAGAAAGUAAAUGAAGCAAGCAUUGCUCACACCAAUGCCCCUCACUGCUUAGUCUGCAAUGCCAAGCUCUCAGCAUCAGCAAGGUCAGCCGUUCCUUUGUUUUCUGGUGAGACACGAACAUCACACCGGCAGUUGGAACUCCACUCAGUGUUGGGGAGUAUCCUAGAGGAGGACUUGCAGCCGUCGUGUCUCCAUUCAAGCAUUUUGUGCAGCAGGUGUUAUAAUCUCAUUGAUGAUAUUGAUUCGCUUGAGGAACAGUUGAUCAAUAAAAAGCAGGUAAUAGCCAACAGAUACAAAAGGACAAUGGCAGAGAUAAAUAAAGUCUCGGGAACUUCAGAAGGAGACUACCUUCUGGACGAUGAGGAAGAUGAUGAUGACUUUGAUGAUGUGCCUUAUGGCAAGUAUCGCAGUAGCAGAGGGCGAGGAAGAGGAAGGCCCCCAGGCCGCUCACGUGGCAGAGGACCUGGACGACCUCGCGGUAGACCAAAGAUAAAUACACCAAAGAAAUCCCCCACAAAGUGCAUUGUAAAACUAGAAUAUGACCCAGAGAGAGUGGAGGACUUGGAAAAUGUCACUUUCUUUCCAGCAAUCAAAUCCCCUCCUCUGAAGACAAUUAAAAAGGAAGAUAUAAUGCAUGGACUAGAAACUCCAGAUAAUCCCCUUCAGAAAAUAGAAAAUGAAGAAAGUGGACAUGUUGAUGAGAAAGUGCUGCAUGCUAAUGUCAGUGGAGCAGACAUGCCAAUUGUGGAGGGUGAUGUCACCAUGGACAUUCAAGGGGAUGUUUUAAAUGUUGUGGAAGAAGUACUUGAGGAAGAAGUUAAGAGAGGUAAAAUGUUUGCCUGCUCAGAGUGUGACAAGCAGUUCCUUACCAAAGCUGCAGUCAGAAACCAUAUUAAAGUUCACAAUCAUCUAGAUUCUUAUGACUGUGAGGAAUGUGAAAAAUCUUUCGCAACAAAAUAUCGGCUCAAAGCUCACUUAAAGACUCAUAUUGACAGAGACAGACCACAUAACUGUAGAGUUUGUAAUAAGGCAUUUUACACGCGUUACCAUUUGAGCACACACAUGAAGUCUCAUGAAGGGUUGAGGAAUUUUGUGUGUGAACUCUGUGGCAAGGCUUUAUCAACACAGAAAACCUUAGAGCUUCAUGCUUUAACUCACACUGGUGAGAAACCCUACCAGUGUGAAAUAUGUGGUUCCACUUUUAGACAAAGGAGUAACUUGCACACUCAUAUUAAAGCCACACAUUAUCAAGAAAAAAAUUAUCAUUGUCAGUUGUGCCAAAAAUCAUUUGUAAGAAAGAGAUUGCUAGUAUAUCAUAUGAAUAGUGUCCAUACUGGUGAGAGGCCCUACAAAUGUGAACUGUGCAAUGCCAGCUUUGUUUAUCCUCACUAUUACAAGCGGCACUUAAGAAAACAUACAGGUGUUAAACCUCAUAAAUGUCAUAUUUGUAAUAAAGCAUUUGCAUCAAGAGAAAAUCGCAAUGCUCAUAUGUUCACACAUUCAGAUAAAAAACCAUAUGAAUGCAAAAUUUGUGGGUCAGGUUUCAUGCGAAAACCACUUUGCGCUUCACAUGUAACCGCCCACGGCCAUACGGAAAAUGUAGAAGCCUAUAUAAUCUUCAAUUCACCUAGUCUUUUAGUGUCUGCUGGUCAGGAGGAGAUGGUUGUAGCAGAUGAAGAGGAGGCUGCACGUGCUGUACAUGCUGUGAGGAUGGCAGAGGAAGCGAAUACUCAUGAGACCAUUGAAGAGCCAGUGCAGAUUAUGCGUGAUGGGAAGGUUGUGAAAGUCAUGUCUAGACCAGUGCAUAUUAUUGAGGCAGAUGACACAACUCGCUAUGUUAUUCACACAACUGACAGAGGAAGGGAUGAAAAUAUGGAACAUUUCUUUGCUGCCCUUCAAGGUCAAGUGGUUGAAGUACGUUCAGAAGACUUUUAAGAUCAGCAAUAUUUCAUUUACUUAGAUGAUUUUUUUAUUAUCUAAUAAUUUAAAGUUAAUAGUAUGCUAUUGUGGAAUGCAUUUUCACCAGACAAAAUUUAAUGUGUGAUAUUUUUUCAAUUAUUAUUUUAUUACUGUUAGUUAACAGAUACAAAAUGUAUCAAACAGAGAGCUCAUUAUAAAAAAAGUGGACCAUUAAUAUGUAGAGAAGAAAUUCAAUAACACAUAGUAUAUGACUCCAAAAAAAUUGGUAGUUACCAUGGCCAUUGCAGAAAAUAAUGUAAGGAAAGUGGAAGUGUGAGAUUAAUAGUAAUAAAAUCAGUGUCACUAUUUAGAAUAGUCCUUCAGAUAAAAUGGGCAUGUAUUACCAUGUAAUACAGGGCAUUAAUGAAGGAUUAAUAUUUUGCUGCAUUUUUAAGACUUAAGAUAUACCCUUUUUUAUCUUCCAUUUCAUUUUCUUUUUCUAAUUACUCUUCAUUUUCUUCUCCUAUUUAUCAUGCUAUGAUAAAUGAAAUCAUAUAUGCUUUACUUAUUCAAGCAGUGUACUUCCAUGUGAAUAUUUUUUUUUUUUUUCUUAUUGCAAACAUUGUAAAUGUACAAUGUACAAAAUAUAUAUGUGAUUUUGUUGUAUAUAUUAUAUAAUUUGAGAGGUAAUACAUUUUAUGAAAAUCUUAUAUAAUACCAGAGUUUAGAUAUGAUAUUUCAGAGACUAAAUGAAAAGUUAAUA